AUGGGUCACAAUAUUAGUGUUCGUGUUGUGGUCUUCAUGGUAGAAACUUCAGCUGAGCUUGCGAGUUUAACUUACUGUGAAAUUUGGCAAAGUGUCCCUCUGUCUGUCCACCCAUCCUUCGGUCCUUCUGCUCAUCUCUCAUUCCACCCAUCCUUCAGUCCGUCUGCUCAUCCAUCUAUCCACCCAUCCUUCAGUCCUUCUGCUCAUCCGUCUAUCCAUCCAUCCUUCGGUCCUUCUGCUCAUCUGUCAUUCCACCUAUCCUUCGGCCCUUCUGCUCAUCCGUCUAUCCAUCCAUCCUUCAGUCCUGCUCAUCCAUCUAUCCAUCCAUCCUUCAGUCCUUCUGCUCAUCCAUCUAUCCACCCAACCUUCGGUCCUUCUGCUCAUCUGUCAUUCCACCCAUCCUUCGGUCCUUCUGCUCAUCCGUCUAUCCAUCCAUCCUUCAGUCCUGCUCAUCCAUCUACCCACCCAACCUUCAGUCCUUCUGCUCAUCCAUCUAUCCAUCCAUCCUUCAGUCCUGCUCAUUCAUCUAUCCAUCCAUCCUUCGGUCCUUCUGCUCAUCCGUCUAUCCAUCCAUCCUUCGGUCCUUCUGCUCAUCUGUCAUUCCACCUAUCCUUCGGCCCUUCUGCUCAUCCGUCUAUCCAUCCAUCCUUCAGUCCUGCUCAUCCAUCUAUCCAUCCAUCCUUCAGUCCUUCUGCUCAUCCAUCUAUCCACCCAACCUUUGAUCCUUCUGCUCAUCUGUCAUUCCACCCAUCCUUCGGUCCUUCUGCUCAUCCGUCUAUCCAUCCAUCCUUCAGCCCUGCUCAUCCAUCUAUCCACCCAACCUUCGGUCCUUCUGCUCAUCCAUCUAUCCAUCCAUCCUUCAGCCCUGCUCAUCCAUCUAUCCACCCAACCUUCGAUCCUUCUGCUCAUCUGUCAUUCCACCCAUCCUUCGGUCCUUCUGCUCAUCCGUCUAUCCAUCCAUCCUUCAGCCCUGCUCAUCCAUCUAUCCACCCAACCUUCGAUCCUUCUGCUCAUCUGUCAUUCCACCCAUCCUUCGGUCCUUCUGCUCAUCCGUCUAUCCAUCCAUCCUUCAGCCCUGCUCAUCCAUCUAUCCACCCAACCUUCGAUCCUUCUGCUCAUCUGUCAUUCCACCCAUCCUUCGGUCCUUCUGCUCAUCCGUCUAUCCAUCCAUCCUUCAGCCCUGCUCAUCCAUCUAUCCACCCAACCUUCGGUCCUUCUGCUCAUCCAUCUAUCCACCCAUCCUUCAGUCCUUCUGCUCAUCCAUCUAUCCAUACAUCCUUCGGUCCUUCUACUCAAUCGUCUAUCCAUCCAUCCUUCGGUCCUUCUGCUCCUCCGUCUAUCCAUACAUCCUUCUGUCCUGCUCAUCCGUCUAUCCACCCAACCUUCGGUCCUUCUGCUCAUCCAUCUAUCCAUCCAUCCUUCAGUCCUUCUGCUCAUCCAUCUAUCCAUCCAUCCUUCGGUCCUUCUGCUCAUCCGUCUAUCCACCCAACCUUCGGUCCUUCUGCUCAUCCGUCUAUCCACCCAUCCUUCGGUCCUUCUGCUCAUCCGUCUAUCCAUCCAUCCUUCGGUCCUUCUGCUCAUCCUUCUGCUCAUCCAUCCUACAGUCCUGCUCAUCCAUCUAUCCAUCCAUCCUUCAGUCCUUCUACUCAAUCGUCUAUCCAUCCAUCCUUCGGUCCUUCUGCUCCUCCGUCUAUCCAUACAUCCUUCUGUCCUGCUCAUCCGUCUAUCCACCCAACCUUCGGUCCUUCUGCUCAUCCAUCUAUUCAUCCAUCCUUCAGUCCUUCUGCUCAUCCAUCUAUCCAUCCAUCCUUCGGUCCUUCUGCUCAUCCGUCUAUCCACCCAACCUUCGGUCCUUCUGCUCAUCCGUCUAUCCACCCAUCCUUCGGUCCUUCUGCUCAUCCUUCUGCUCAUCAAUCCUUCAGUCCUUCUCAUCCAUCUAUCCAUCCAUCCUUCAGUCCUUCUCAUCCGUCUAUCCAUCCAUCCUUCGGUCCUUCUGCUCCUCUGUCUAUCCAUACAUCCUUCUGUCCUGCUCAUCCGUCUAUCCACCCAACCUUCGGUCCUUCUGCUCAUCCGUCUAUCCACCCAUCCUUCAGUCCUGCUCUUCCGUCUAUCCACCCAUCUUUCGGUCCUUCUGCUCAUCCGUCUAUCCAUCCAUCCUUCGGUCCUUCUGCUCAUCCGUCUAUUCACCCAUCUUUCAGUUCUGCUCUUCCGUCUAUCCACCCAUCUUUCGGUCCUUCUGCUCAUCCUUCUAUCCACCCAUCCUUCAGUCCUUCUGCUCAUCCGUCUAUCCACCCAUCCUUCAGUCUUGCUCAUCCAUCUAUCCAUCCAUCCUUUGGUCCUUUUGCUCAUCCUUCUAUCCACCCAUCCUUUUGUCCUUCUGCUCAUCCGUUUAUCCACCCAUCCUUCAGUCUUGCUCAUCCAUCUAUCCAUCCAUCCUUUGGUCCUUUUGCUCAUCCUUCUAUCCACCCAUCCUUUUGUCCUGCUCUUCCGUCUAUCCACCCAUCCUUCGGUCCUUCUGCUCAUCCGUCUAUCCAUCCAUCCUUCGGUCCUUCUGCUCAUCCGUUUAUUCACCCAUCUUUCAGUCCUGCUCUUCCGUCUAUCCACCCAUCCUUCAGUCUUGCUCAUCCAUCUAUCCAUCCAUCCUUUGCCAAAAAGAAACUUGACGCCACUGACUACACCGAAAGUUUUGGGUUUCGUGCCGCCGGCCGCCAUUUUGACAUCCCAGAAUUUAUCAUUCCGGCAUGGAAGAAAAUGGAAGAACGCCUUAAGUCUCAACCCCUGACCACAAAGACCGAAAGAGGUACGACAGCGAAACAUCCAGAGAUGGAGAGAGAGCUGUUCAACUUUGUAUACAAUCGCCGAGAUGCUGGCAUUGCUGUCAGUACGACAGAACUGCGCCUGCAGGCUAUGCAGAUCCAGAGAGGUCAUAAGGGCACAGACUUCAAGGCAUCCAUUGGAUGGGCUGUCCGAUUUCUGAACAGACACAUACUGAGUGUCCGGAGGAGAACUACAAUCGCCUAA